GACGGAGAAUUACAGCCGUCCGCAGAACGAAGAUUUGCGGGCUGCGACCUACGAAUACGUGGACUGGGUGGUGGGGGACCUCAUCUCGGCCGUGAAGGAGCAAGGCCAGUACGAGAACACGAUUGUUUUCUUCACCUCCGACAAUGGCGGCGCGAUCUAUGCAGGCACUGCCAACAACAACUACCCGCUCCGCGGUGGGAAGUUCAACAACUUCGAGGGCGGCCAACGCGUGAACGCGCUCUGGGCUGGCGGCUGGGUGGGUAAGCAGCUCGACAAGUACCGACUGUCACCUUUCACAAGCGACACGGUGAUGUCCAUCAACGACCUGGCCGAGACGUUGCUGGAGAUGAUCACGGACAGGCCGUACCCCGAUGGAGGCAUGCGGAACGCACCUGGACCGCUCACGGGAGUGCCCAUGUGGAAAGCCAUCCUGCAGAAGACUCAGGUUCCGCGCAAGAUCACCUAUUCUGAAGUCAUGGAGCUGCGAGUGGGCCCGGACAUCACGGAUUUGAAGAAGAUUUGGUUCACGGAGAACAGCACCCUCAUCUCUGACGGGAACUGGACACCCAACUUCCCUAACAACUCCCAGUUCAUCCCCGACUUCGGCUACAAAUAUAUUCGACCUUGCAGUACGCCCUACUGCUACUUCGAUCUCUACAGCGAUCCAUCAGAGCAAACGAACCUUCCCUUGGGCCCAGUCGAAGAGCAGGCACUGCGAUUGGAGGUGCUAGAAGACUGGAACCUUUUUGUGAUCGGCACGUCCCGUAUCCGGAAUAUAGACCUGGACACUCCAACAACCCGGAAGGUCUCGCUCUGGACCCACAUGGGCAAUUCGGGGCCUUUCCUGAGCAAAGCGGCAGAGCCCGUCAUCCCACCCUUCGCCCAAUGCUGGUGCGUCUGGAUCUCGGAUGGUCUGGCAGUGGAGAAUGUCACGCAUGUCAUUUUCAACCUGUACCUCGGUCCGAGGUGCGUCGACGAUCGCGAGGCUUUCGGUAAGCCUGCUGCACUCCCAUGUCGACUGCCGCUUCAACUCACGCAGGCGCCCAUGCCCUUCAGAAAGGCGAAAGCACUCUGGGCAGAGAUUGGCUUCGAGACACCGGACUUCGAGAGAAUCCGCCAGGCCGAGUGGACCAUUGAGGGCUUCGAGACUCCGCUUCCCCUGCUGGCCUUGCGGUGGAACUUCCCUGUGAUUGAAGGCUUGAAGGCGAUGAACAACCGCACCGGCUUCGCCAACUGGGCCAACAUUGCGAAGUACCCCUUCAACCUGGCAUACACCGAUCACUGUCCAAACUUCGAUAUCUACACGGCUCCGACGCCCGUCACCCAGGUGACAGAUUGGCUCCUCUCCGGCGGAAUUUUCAACAAUCCCACCGGCGGAGCUCGCAACGCUUCGGACGGGAAUGUGACAGCAUGCUUUCCAGUGGACACAGAUAGGGCGGUUUGUCCAACCUUGGACAACAACCCGCCAACUGUGGACGGUUUCAAUGUUCCGGUCUACAACACCUCCUUUUGCCUCGAGUACUGCGUGAUAUGGAACCCCGAAACCGACGGGUAG